CAUUUCUGACCACGGGAGCGUUUUUCCACGGAGUCCGAAUACUUUCGCUUGCUUUCGGUUAUGUUGUGCUCUCAAGGAACAGGAGGCGAGGGAAACGCACGACCACGACCACCGCACCAGCAGCACAGCCUGUAGCACAGCUAACGUUUCGCAGAGCCAGGAAAGCAAUGGCCACGCCACUAUGGCGCGUAGUGCUAGCUCGAGCUCCAGCUGUGAAGUGAGAAAUGUGUGUCGUGGAGGAGUUUCGGUAGCAGAUCAUCGCUACGAGUGAAUCAUGACUGCCAGCAGCAUGCAAUUGAACCGGGAAACGCUGCCCCUCGAAGAGGAUGAACUCGCAAGACUGUCCCGGAAGACUCCGACGGAGAUCAUUCACAGCGGACACUUUAUGGUAUCCGACAUCGACGAUACUGACAACACGGACGAGGUGGCUCGCGCCAGUGAGUCGGACUGCGCAACCGAAGUGCCCAACUCGCUGGCUACCCCUCUAAAUGAAGUCGACGAAGAAAUUACGUUCGACACUGACGAGGUAAUGGAAGUGGACAAACAUUUCAAGCCCCCAUGCCAUAUAGCCAUCGACGGUUCGCUAACCAAGCUCUUCGAGUGCAUGACUCUGGCCUACAGUGGCAAGCUGACAUCGCCUAAGUGGAAAACAUUCAAGGGACUGAAGUUGCGCCUGAAGGACAAGAUUCGCCUGAACAACAUCAUCUGGCGAGCUUGGCACAUGCAGUUUGUGGCCAGAAGAAGUCCUUAUGUGUGCCAAUUUGCAUCACCACUUGAAGGAGACACUCACAACAAACCUGAGGCCAUUGUCAUGGAGGGCAAGUACUGGAAGCGCAACUUCAGCAACAUCACCGCCGAGUACAAGAAGUGGAGAAUGUUCUUCUGCAAAAAGAACUCGCGGUUUAGGACUGUGGAUGACUCCAGCACUAAUCCUGUAGACUUGGACCUUCGUUGGCUGUCUCAUGGCGGUUCAAUGGACGAGGACUUCUUUAUGGACCUUUCAGAGAGCCUUAGCAGCUUAAAUCAGCCAUUCGACUUCCCAAACCCUAGGGAAAUAGCUACAAGGGCUGGCAUAGCUGAUUUCAUCCAGCCAGGCCUUAUCCAGCUGCAGCCAGCAUUUGAUGACUUUAUGGACACGCUGGAACCUCUGUCUGAUUACUUCAACUCAAAGCUUCCAACACUGCCGGAAGAAAGCUCUCUCAGCUCUGAAGGUGCUCCUGUUCAGUCAUUUGGAAUGCAGCAGCAGCAGCGGCCCUCAUCUGUGUAUAGUGCCACCUCCCGACAGCAGCCUGUUGUAUCCAAUCAUCAGCUGCAACAGCCACCCCCACCCGCAAGUGUACAGCCACAGGCACCACAGCAGUCGCCGCAGAUGCAGCCACUGCAGGGCCAGGCUGCUCCCUUUGCCCCUGCACUGCCAUCUCAGCAGCCAACAACAGCAGUGAGCAGCAUCGAAGGACUCAUGGCAUCAGCUGCACAGCAGCAGCAACAGCAGCAACAGCAGCAGCAACAGCAGCAACAGCAGUCUUCGCCAUCCACUGCUGUGCUGGGCGAAUAUGAAUUCCUGAGGCAAGCACCGGCAGAACCUAUGAUUCUAACUGUGGAACAGGCAGCAGCAGCACCACCGCAGCAGGCACAGGCAAACCCACCAGGAUUUGCAGCCCAACAGACAGCACAGGUACCACAGUACGUGCCUAAACAACCAUUGCGGCCUCCUCCGAAGCUGAUGCCGCGUCCCCCCAACAGUCCAUUUCAGCCAACACCUACUGAGCUGCAAGUGUUCCCACGAGCGCCCACAUCCACUGUGCCGCAUGCUAGCUUGAAUGGCCUGCGGCAAGGUGCCAGACUGGUUGUUGAGCACCAUGCAGGUGACAAGGUUGUGCAGGGGGGUGCCACAGCCAAGCGGCCGUUGUACCCUGUAUCACAAGAAACUACGGAGAGCAUGGAAAGCCAGUACAGCAGCAGCAGCAGCAGCAGCAGUAGCCUCAUGGGCCAAUUGACAGGUGGUUUCAUGCCAGCUGAGAGCACAGUCCCUGCUGCUGGCAAGAACAUUAACUUCGCCAUGCCAAAGGUUGCUACGCAACCAAAGAGCCGGACCAGGUCUCGCAGCAUGUCCACACCACAGAGCAACACUAAAAUGUCCACUGCAGCAGCUGCCGCCCCGGUUGCCAAGCAGGCUUCGUCCUUAAAUCAGCUGCCUCAAGUCAACUCACCACCACAGAUGUUGACACCCAAGCUUUCAUUGUCGGUAUCUUCAUUGCCAGGAUCCAUGCCAUCAAACUCAGUAUCUCCACCCUUGCAGCAGAGUGCUGUACUCACUCAGCUGUUAACAUCAGGCAAUGGCUUUUCAUGGGAAGCUCAAGCAGCUGGUGGAAGCCCCACUGCAAACAGCACAGGGGGAGCCCCAAGUCCUUCCACAGUCACCAUCAUCAACUCUGUGGCACCAUCGCUACCUGCAACAAUCACACAGCCACAGACCUUUGUCAUCUCUCCAGUCACACUCUCUCAGAUCUCAAGUACAAACAACCUACAGCGCAACCUGAUUGUUGGCUCAGCAUCCAUUAUGCCAUCAUCCAUGCCCAUAAUUCCUUCAAAACAGCUCAGUCCAACUGUUCCAGCAGCAGUUGUGCCACAAGCCAAGACUGCAGAUGUCCCUGCACCCUCAGUGUCUGCGAGUCCAGCAAAGCCAUUUAGGCCCAAGUCUGAUGAGGAGCGCUUUCAGUACAAGGAGCACCGGAGGGUGUGCCACAUCAAUGCAGAGCAGAAACGACGGUUCAACAUCAAGAAUGGAUUUGAAUCCCUGCGGCAUCUGCUGCCAUCUCUCAGCCAGAACCCGGACUCAAAGGUCAGCAAAGCACAGAUGCUGCAACAAGCUGGGGAGUACAUCCGAACGCUAAAAAAUGAGCGUCAGCAGCAGCAGGAAGAAGCAGACAGGUUAAAGAAGCAGAUAGAAUCCUACAACCAGGCAAUCAGCUUGUACCAGAACCAGCUUCCUGCAACGGGUGUUCCAUUGCCAUGUCAAAGGACAAAUCAUCUGAAGGAGAGCUUUGAAGAAUAUGUGCGGACCAGGACGCUUCAGAAUUGGAAGUUUUGGAUCUUCAGCCUUCUUCUGGAGCCCUUGUUGGAGUCAUACAACCAGACCGUCUCCAAGGCCGGGUUUGAUGAAAUGUGCAAGACAGUGCUUGUUUGGGUCGAACAAAACUGUUCUCUCAGGGCCCUGAGGCCAGGUGUACUGGAUUCAUUGAGGUACCUCAGCAAAUCUACAAACAUCCUUUCUGACCCAAGUCGGCUACCAGAAGAAGCCACACAGGCAGUCACCAAGAAGGAGUCAGUGCCACAGUUCAAGUUCUCAACACAGCGUCAAAAAGAAAGGUAGCAGUUCCUGUGAACCCACCGACUGGCAGUGCAAGUAGCAGUCUACAGCAGUCACCCGCUUGUCUAUGAUUGGGGUCCUUGCUGGGGAACUUAAAGCAGUGGCCUCCUCCUUCAGCUGAGAUGUGCUACCUUUCUGCAGUGGCAAAGAUAAGUCACUGCAGCUACCUUCAGCCACUUGGGCCACUGUGUGGCUAUAUUGUAUUGUGUGAAUUCCGAGAGUGCCCAUUCUUUGUGGAGGCAGCUUGCAAUGUAAGAUUAUGUGAUUGUGAGAGAGUAUCUCUCAACAUUCGUGCCUUUUGUCUGUUGCCUUCUGUUCUAUUUUGUUGACUUACCUCCUUCCUUUUGUUUGCCCACACAUGUGACUCCUUUUUUUUUUUUUUUCUUUGUACACAAUGUCAUCAACAUCAUUCGAAGGUGUGGCUUUGUUAUAUAACUUCUUGCAUGAAUGAUGUGUGUCUUGCUCUCUCUUCAUUUUCUUCAUUUUCUUCUGACUUUUCAACUUUGCUGUCAACAAUACUUUCAAAUUUCUUUAUUUCUUUAUUUCACAGCUCCGACGUGUGUGCAACUGCUCACAUUAUAUAAGUUGUGCAAGGAAAGUAAUAGAUCCUGGCAGGAUUUUACUGUGCACUGCAAAACUUGCUCUCUGAUUUUAGCUUCAGUCUAAACUGUGCUGGCAGUCAAAUCUAGGGACUGCAGAAGCACAUUACUUGGUACGUGACACCACAUUCUGUGUUCGUACAGAUGCUGGACAAGCAUGAUUUUAAUCCAGGAGAGUUGAGUCCUUUACUGAUAGUGUUUUGCUAGCAAAAGCUGCUUAUACAGUUUAAAAAACUAUUUUUGUACUGUGCUUGCACCAGUUGCAGGAGUGCCCAUUUAUUUGUCAAAUUUGUUCUGCAGAUUUGCUAGAACAAUGUGGUGUAUGUAACAUUAAAUUUCAGAAGAUUCGCGAUCAGCUUGGUAGAAAAAUUAAAGUGAGUAAGGUGUUGUUGCGUCUAGCAUGUAUACUUGUGAGGCAAACUGUACAUACCUUUUUACUUAUGCCUAUGAAUAUGCUAUAUGUUUCAUUUUCUGUAGCUUUGUGCUGCGAUUAUUUUUCUGCAUUAGAACCUGGAGCUGCAGAUGCUACUGUAGAUAUUACACUGGCAUAAUACUUGUAAGAGGUAGUUAACAGAUGCUUCUAUGUACAUCAGACUUCCAUUAAUUUGACCACUGCGAGAUAUACCGUAUAUACUCGCACAAUGAACGCACCCCCCACUUUUCGAAUCAAAAAGUGUAUUUUUUCUUUCCCUCGCACCCCAAACUUGCUGCCAUGAGGGUCGUGUGCUUUGCCCGCUGAACACCGAACCUCAUGUAAACUGUGCUGUACACAGCAUGGCCUUCGAGAUUUUAUGCGCUGCCAAUCUCAGAGGCCACUUUUGAAAGUUUCCUAGUAAAGUCCCUAUAUAAGAAAAGUACCGCCAUCCUUUGAUCAACGCCGCUUCUCUCUCUCUCCUGUAUCUCCGAUUGGACGAUGAUAGCGCGCGCUUUUCACUUGUUUAUAUUUUGUUUUUUUCCGCCUCAGAACCAUGUUGAAAGUCCUCUGCGCAGCCGCAGUCGCCGGCGGCGGCGGCGGCGCACGCCCAGCCUUAAAGCUUCAACGUAGACUUUCUAGGUGCGCCACCGUCGACUUGGCUUUCGCAAGCAAAAAGUAAAGAAAAAAGCAAGCGCUUUAGAAGAGGAGGCGGCGGAGGAAAGAGUAGAUGGUGGUACUUUUCUUAUAUAGGGACUUUAUUUCCUAGUGCUACCUAGCGCCGCCUGUGGAAAGCCAGUAUUCCUCCAUGCUUAUGUUUCCUUCCUCAAUGGCUCCUUGUUUUCUUUGUCAGUUCAGUCACCCCGUUCGUGAUGUUCACACAUGUGUAAAGUGAUCAGGCUGCCUGCAUUUAUCACGUGCCGCAAGGGGGCAAUAUGCAAGCUAUAUAUACUGUUUGCUUCAAGCUCAAAGCUGUGGAAUGUGCUUUGGAGAAUGGCAACCACGCAGCAAGAAGGCACUUUGGCAUCGAUGAAGUACGCAUCCGCUACUAGAGACAGCAACACAAAAAGCUUUUUGAACACAUAAUAUGAUCCGACGUCCAAACCGACAUGCGGCAUACGACGAUUCAGGACACAUGGGACGUGCAUUCAAAUGAGCGAGCGGUACAUAAUACCGCUCUCACAUGGCCACUUUCGAUCGCGAUCAAGCCUGAUCCGGAUAGAAAUUCUAGACCGCGAUUGGCUACCUCUUGCAGUUCGCUCAUAGGAGCCAAUCGUGACCGCAAAAUCAAUCUCAAUUGAAAGUGCACCAUGUGACACCCGUAUUCAUCAUCAUGAUCAUCAGCUUGUAUGCACUGAAGGCUUCAUACCCUGGCCAAGUACAAAACGAACAACUCUGCGCAAUGCUGCUUCGCUUUGCACGAACAUGUCAAUUAAAUCAUGCCUGCCCGAGCGACAAACACUUCCCAACGGCACGUCAUCCACUGAUGGCUCCUCCACUGACAGCCAGCAGCCAGUGAUAAGGCCGGUAGGCCUAGUUUGGCAGACGCCCCAGCUGCCGGUGCUUGCAAUCCAGCUGAUCUAGCCUGAGCUCAUCAAAGUACGCUUCUUUUUGCCAGUUUCCCGCAUAAUUAAAUGCAAUUGGCUUACUCAAUUCCGUCAAUGCAAAAAGCAAACGUGCAAGCCAAUUAAGUAGCCUUGCUCAGACAGUCCUUGUGAGCCGUCCACCUCCGAAAUUUCCUCGCAUUGCGGCUGCCGAUCUUGCCAGUGGCUUAGUACUAAGUGCUAAUUUGCAGAACAGGUGCACUUUUGAGAUAAUUUUAUUCAAUUAGUAAAUUAUUUCGUGUCAGAAACAAAUUAUAGCCUAAUUUUGUAACACCAUAAGCGACAAUACAAGUGAACGUCUCGACCGGAGUGAUCAGAGCGACGAGAAACUGGCCCACCGGUGCCACCUCUUUGGAGGGAACAAUUGAGAAUGUCACAAGCCAGCCGCGCUGUCAUUGACUGCGACCAAACCACAGUGCACGCCAGGCGUUCCAUCUGGCAGUACGGCAUGGCAGAAAGCCUCGGAUCCACUGCCAUUCCGGCUUAUCGGAUGCCAAAUCGUAACCAUGUGUCUCCUACUUUAGAGGUGUCCACGGAGAAAAAAUCACUCAAAAUUUUACCACAUAAUGAAAGCAACCCAGCCUUGCGUAAAUUUCUCGGAAAAAAGGUAUGUUCAAUAUGAGAGUAAAUACGGUAUAUAGAAUUGGUUUGAAUUUUCCUAAGUUAAAAAAAGGGGGAAGCAUUUUACAUGCAUGAGUGGCUUUUGAACACAGUUAAGGGACUGGUCAAAUUAGUCUAUAUCAAAUUAUUGGAAGUCAGCUGUACACCAUUUCACAACAGAGCUCCCAUGCACUUUAUCUUGUACUACCUCUUUGCAGGCCAUUGGAUCUUGCUGUGCUUUCGCAGCUCCUGGUCUUAUUGAUGUAAUUGUGUUUGCUCCCACCACGCACUUUCACACCAGGGAACUUCAUACUCAUUUUUCACUUUCAUUCUUCAUUGCUGUAAUCCCACAUUGCUCAAAUUACUACAUCAUCAUGCACUUUAAACUAGUCCCAUGAAGCAGCUUAACAGCUUGCUUAAAGCUUAAGUUAAAAGCAGCAUCCAGUACUUGGGGCUAACCUGUCAGUAACAUUUAUUGAAUUCUCCUUAUCUUCCUUGUCUGACUCAAAAAAAGUGCAGUAAGCAGUUGACCUCCUUAUUUUGUCCAGUCUUCGCAUGAAGAAAAAAAUAUAUAUAAUGCUGGCAUUUCCUCUCAGCCUGUUUUUGUUUGGUACUGUUUGUUUUAAUCUCAAGCUCUCUUCUGUUCUUCAGAAACAUUUGUCACAGCAUUUGAGCGGCAAUGGAACCUCGUUCUGAAUAUCCUCUUUAAUAAUCAUGUUGAUACUGUCAGUCUCAUCACUACUCCAGGCUGUCUUUUGUAAAUGCCUUUUUGUUUCAUUUGUCCAGCCAGAGGCAGAACUUCUAGCUUCCAUCUUCAAGAAAAGCUUUUCAUUUCACUGCAAACAGCAGUUGAUGAGCUGUGAAAUUGACUUAACGUGUACAUUCCUUUGUCUGUUCACAAGUCACCACUUGUGCCACCUUGCCGGGGCUCAUGACAUCAGAGGCAUACCGCUUAGAGCUGUGCCAAUUCUUUUGGGUGCACAGAACAAUGCACAGUAGCCGAAGGAAGGAAAUGGCUCUGGCAGGUCAGGCGUGAGAUAGCAAGGAACAGCUAAGUAACGUAUGCAUGCUCCUAAACAACGCCAGGCAGAAGGUGAUGCCACUGCAGAAACUCGAAAAGGAGUGACAGUCUUGAGCCUGCAAGUUAUGAGCUAGCUUCAGCAUGUCUACCUAGGGGACUAAUUUAAAGAUUGCAGGAGUUCCUUGUAGCUUGGAGAUCCGAGGCAUUUUCAAGCAUGAAUGGGCAACUGUGCUGUUCGUGCCGGCUUCCGUUAAUUCGACCUUGAUAGAUCGAAUGGGUUAAUUUAAUCUGAUUAUCCAGUGGGUUGAAUUAAAAGAAAGAUAAAAAAGAUGUCCAAACACACGGUUGCUUUAUAUGGCAGUACUUACCCAGUUCUAAUGCACCUCUGACUAUCAUGCAUAGCUGCCUGGCAGUUGUGGCUUGAAAGUAGCAAGCACAAUGUGCGCUGAAAUCCAACAUGCACCCGAUUUUAUAACAAGAUAAAAAUCAUGCGGCUGAUUCUGGCAAUCGAGAGAAACUGGAACCUGCAGAGUUUGCAUUCACAGAAUUAAAAUUUAUUCGCAUUCAAUGUCUAUCAUCGUCACUCUGAGGCAGCUCUUUAUCACUCUCGCCCUACGAACAGUCCACUGCAUUUGAUAUUCUACAUUUUCUUGAACAACUCUGUAACCAUCGCAAACAGGAUGGCGUUCCGUGCCUAGGCUAACCACUUCGCCAGUUCAUCAUGCGACGCACAGCAAGACACUGACAUGCCAAAAACAUGACGGUGAUCUGUUGCCUAGUUUAGCACGUAAAAUAGCUUCUCUUCUGUAUGAGCUUUGGUAAUGAAACCAGUGCAUCGCCGCCACCUACCUACUUGGAAACUCAUUCUGUUUGCCACCUUGUGAUUACUAUGAUGAUACCGCUGAUAGCGGCAAAAGGUUGUAGUCAACUCCGCAAAAGUGGGCGAUUUUCGGAUGCAUUAGCCUUGGUGCACUUUAAAAUGAGGUGAAUUCAUUGUGGUAAAUCAUUAAUUGGGGUAAAUGGAGUAAAUCAUGCAUUGUGAGCUGGUGUGUUCACCUAAAACUCUGUGGAAGGCAGGCCAAAAAUUGGCAUUUUCAGUGGGAGAUUGGCAGGAGAUAGCAUGUCUUCAACACAUUCAAUGUCCCCUAGUGCUGCUAAAGCAGAUGCUGCAGCCAAUGUGGUCACGCUUUGUGUUGCCAUUGGUGUCAGGCAUGUGCGUGCUGACCAGUGAAGCAAGUAUUAUCCAGAGAAGGCCAAUUUCAGGAGCGAAAAGUAGUGGCCCAUAGUAUGGGCGCCAACCGUGACUUUCGGUUUGAAUUGAAUUAAAGGGCCCCUCACCAGGGCCACGUAGGAAAUGUUGGUUAUAUGCUUGAAGUUGUUAUGUGCAGUCUAAGGGGUGUUCUACUGCAAGAAUUUUUUAAUUAGUCCAUUCAUAGCAGAGAUAGAAAUACUUGAAGUGCCAGGAAUCCAUGAUUUCAGGAAGCAAGCGUCACCGCCAACAUACACGCUCUCUCCACUUGCUUCGUCUAGCCUCCGCAAGCGAAAUUCCUUGCGUGUGUACUAGAGCACUGCACAGACCAAUUUUUUCAGCUUGGGCCCGGCCCGGGCCCAUUUUCACGUUGGGCUGCCCGCCCGAGCCCGACCAAAAGUUUCAUGGCGAGACCCGGGCCCAGGCCAUAACCUACGUUACCCGCCUGGCCCGGCCCGCCACCCCUUUGCCUUAGGCCUAAACCCGGCUUGAAACCGGCCCGCACCAGGACCGAGACCGAAAAAUACAUGUUUUUCAGAGUUGGGACGCGCGAUGAUAACUCGCUGCUCGUUACAUGUACACCACCAGAAAGUCCGAGCUCGGCCUGGGCUUUCGGGUCAGCUUGAGCCCAUGCAGUGCUCUACUGCGGAUACUCCCAUACCAGAGCCAGAGGGUCACGUGACAAAUAUGUCACGGGUCCCACCUUCCUAUUUUGUCCCUUUCUCACAUUUUUGCUCAGUGGUGCACUUCCGGCAAUGGUCUCGCGCGCUAUCGGUUUCACUUGUCUUGUUUCUCACAACAGACGAUUUUGUGUGCUCUGCACAAAAACACCUGAUUAUCAGUAUAAGUCGGUGCCACAAUCACGAGCACUGAAGCAGACGUGAGAGGAUGAAAGAGCAUGAUCACAGCGCUGGAACACGGUAGAAAAUGACAUAGUUUCGUUCUCUGUGCAUGCGACUGCACAGCGUACAAAACCGAAGUACUAUCGUGAGCAAUAUGAGCGGGAACAUAGGAGCGCGUGUCUGAUAGCCUCGAACCCUGCUAUGCGUCAUAUUCAGCAGCCGCCGUCGGAAACUAAGUGGAAAGGAGGUCACUGUUCUAAUAACUGUUGGUACUCCCACCAUGGGUAUGUUUACACAAAGUGCGUAACUUCACAUCACCAGCACACAGUGAUAACUGUUUGGUAUUGCGGUUAUUGGUAACUGUGCGCCGAAGCAUGGCCAAAAGUAGCACUGUUUCGAUGCGUAAGAAACUCGUCGCGUCGCAUGAUAUAAAAUAAUUAGUUUAAAAUACGAGCCAAGAUAAAAACAUCCCAUCAUACGGUUGCUCGAAGAAUGAAAAAAAAAAAAAGCGUGAAAGGAAAAACAAAGAACUUAUCCUGCAAGUCACUGCGACACAUAACCGUCUUGUCAGCUGUCAGCGGACAGUGAAACACCGUAAGCUGCCAAUUUUGACAAACGCAGGCGCGGUGGGAGUGCCAUCAGUUAGAAGAAUAGUGCUCCCCCUUUCCCCUCUGUUUUCGACAGCGCCAUCGCCAUAUCGCUCAAGCUUGGUUUCGAGGCUAUUUGGCACACGUCCGCGUGUUCCCGCUCAUAUUGCUCACGAUAGUACAUCUCUUUUGCUACUGUACAAAGUAAAACAAAAGUAUACAGACAUUCCCGUUUGUAUGUUUUAUUAUUCCUCCAAACUUUCAUUCAUCUAUAGAAGCAACAGAUUAAACAAAAAAUUGAUGUUGCCUUCAAGAAUUCUCGAAGUCACGUGUGACUGUGAGUGACUUCACUGCAAGGCGCACUUGUGCGAUUGACGUCGACUCUUCAGCUGCGAGCGCGGCGCCUGCAAAGACAAAGGCAAAUGAUGUUUAGUUUGAAAUCUUCUGAGGCGCAUAGGGAUGUAAUACUUAGCAGGCACAAUCGUUAGCGGGCAUUGUAUGCACUGCACUUAACAGCUCAAAAUGGCCAAACCUGGUGAGGGGCCCUUUAAGUGAAAAACCGAAUUAACCAGAGUCGAAUUGACGGAAGUCUGCUGUAUUGUCUGCAUACUUGUUCCGAGUUUCAGACUUGUUGUUUCUCAGAAACUGGGAUAGGGGAAUAAAAAUAUCAGUGGAAACUUUUUUCUUUCAUUUUUUAGGCAUUGUUAUCAUACAAGGGGUCACGUAUAAGAAGUCCACUUCCAGGCAUCAAUACUGAAUCAGGCUUAUGGUUCUGUUAUGGUAUUGAAUGCAUCUUUUCAUGAGACAGUAAAGUUCUAAACUUGUUUACCUUUAAAACAAGCAUAUUGUAGUUGUACUUCUGUUUUAUCCUACUUUCUGGCUUUCCUAGAAGACAUUUUAUUUGAUGCAUGUUAAAGAUGAGCGAGCAAAAUAGUACCUACCAAAAUGUCGUACAGUGUAGACCGCUUAUAACGUAAGUCGCCAGAGUCGCGAAUAUCCGCACUAUAAGCGGUACCGCACUAUAACCAAAGCAAUAAUUUUCAAGGCCCGCACAUAUACAAAACAUGUGCACCGAGCCGCCACGCGUAUGCGACAGUCGAGGAAUGCGGCUAGAACAUUUGCAUUCAAUUUAUAGUCGAAUCUCGUUUAAUUCGAACCAAAUCACGCGGCGGCGCCUCCGACCGGCAUUGCUCCAGCACCGCCAUAGAGUAAAAGCUCAGGAGAGACCCCCCAAUGUCGCGCGCGAACAAAAAAAAAAUAAAAGAAAAAUGCGGCGGAAAUUUUACCCUCUCUCAAAUGGCAAGGUUGCCGAUUCUGCAUUGCGCCGGAACAUGCGUGUACGUGCCGACGUCUCAGCCACACUACCGUAGCCACGCGUAAAAAAUGGCAGUGAAGCCUUCUUUCUCCUUUACGCUUCCUCUACUUUUUAGUCGCAUGUUGACCUUGCACGCUGCGGCUACAGCGCAGAGGGAAGCAGUGGCGCUGUCCCAGGCCGGCCAACGAAGCUGCCCACGCCGGCAAACGCCUGCUUCCCGAUAACGGCAGAAAACGAAACUUCGGGGAGCUGCACCGGGCCGGCUGGAGCGGCGGCACCUGUGGGCGCGCACGGUGACAGUCAAAAGUGAGGGAGCUACGAGAGAGGGCGAGGGGAGCCACCGAAGCGGCGGAGCUGCCGAGGCGAAAACCGCUUCCCCGCUGCCCUCCUCCCUCACAUUCCACGGUCUCCGCGUGCGCCCUUCGCCGUGCCGUGUCGGCGCCGUCCGUUCCCUCCCUGAAGUUUCGUUUACUGCCAUUAUUGUGAAGCGAGCCGUGGCCGGCGUUGGCAGUUUCGUGGCCCUCGCUCGCUAUGCGCGCCGUGAUAUUUUCUCGCACUCAAGGUUCUGGUUUCAGCCUCACUGGCUGUUCGUUCGCACCACGUGCCCUUCUCCUCCACUUCGUCUCUCUUUCUUCCUCGAGCACUCCUUGGGGCGCCCAUUUGAGGGGAGCGUUCGCCGUCUCCGCUGACUUCCGUACUCCCAGGCAGCCGAACUGUAACCGGUAUUUCGUUUCCCGCAACUGCACUAUAAGCGAUACGUGUAUACAUGGAGUGCUAUGGGAAAAUUAAAGGGAGUCUGGAAAGACCGCAAUAUAUCCGGUCCUGCACCAUAAGCGGUUACGUUAUAAGUGGUCUAUACUGUAACUGUGUUUUAUACUGCAGUGCUUUUAUGGGCUGAAACAUGCGAGGUGCCAUUUGGAUGCUCUGAGUUUCGCUUUGUUAUGUUUAAAAUAACGAACCACCUUGUUUUUGUGGAGUAUGAUCUUAAGAGAUGUUUAGAGUCUUACCACUGAUUGUGCUCAGUAGUACCAUGAGUGCCAUGUUGUUAUUGCUCUAGUAAGCCCAUUUUGUGUAAACGCAGUUUGUUAAAAAUUUUGAACCCCAGCAUUAGCACUCCAUUUAACGCUUCUAUUUAGCAACGUUUCUGCUUCUGUAUUCUAAAUACCGUAUAAAAUCGUGUAAGGCCCGCAUUUUUUUUUUUUCUUUUUUCUACAAUUUUGACGAGGUGUGGCCUUUACACCCGAACCUUUUGGUCAUAAUGGUGCUGGUUCGGCCGGUGACCUGUGCACACUCCGGCUCUUGCCAUCUAGUAGCGGCAUGCGGAAGUACGCAGUACACGAGAAUUCGCCGAUGCUCGCGCGCAGCAUAGGGGUACCGAAUGCAAUUGCUUCUUCUUUGCAAAUUUUUUUCGCCAUAUUUCGGGCUGUGAAGUUGGGGGUGUGGCCCUUACACGAGUCUAUACGGUAACUUCGAUAAUGAUUACGGAAGCAGCUUUAGACUCCUGUUUUACGAGCCAGUGAAAACGUUUCAAGUCUGCACUUGACUUUUUACAAAUUAAGGUGCAAUAUUCUCUCCUUUGUAACAGAAAAUGCUUGUUUUCGUGGUUAAUUUAAGUCAUGCCAAGCAGUGUUGGGAGCAGCUAUAACUUUUUCGAAGAUGAAAACUGUGUGUGUGUGCGAGUGUGUACAAGGUCAUGUUCUGUCCCCCCCCCCCCCCUCUUUUCCUUUUUUUUUUUCUAGUAGCCAUGAUUUCAUGUGAUUUCAUCAUUUAGCAAAUAGCUUCUUUGUCAUUUGUUGGAAUUUCUGCAGACUUUGCAAGAACUGUUUCUUCAGGGCCUUGAUCAGUUUUUUAUAAAUGGCUUGCGCUUAAAGUAAAAGUAAUUGUGACCGCCAAAAUAAUGUGCUAUAAACGCACUGACAACUGACAUGCUGGGCUAAUCCAAACAUCUGCAAACAUGGUACAGGAAUCUGCUAGUGCUGCUAGCUGUCACAUUGGUGGCUUCACGUCAGAGCUGGCCACAAACUCUGCAGUUUUGUAAAGUAAAUAUUUAGCCAAGUAACCUGGUUACCAGCUACUUUGGGACAUUUAAUGAAAUCCUCAGUCCUUCACUCGGAGUCACAACUAGGCUUAAGCACUGACGCUGUCAAUGCUUUACACUUUCCUUUCUUUCGGAGACAGUUUGCUGAAUUUCGAGGUAAAUGUCUGUUAAGUCUAGUCACUAAAUUGUGCCUGACAUAGUGUCUUUCUUUAUAUAUAUAUACUUAGUAGAGCCUUAGAUGAAAUACAGCAGCAUGAAUAAUGUCAGACGUGCAAUUCUACAUGAUAAUAGAAAAGUGCGUGUGUGCCAAACUUAAUUUUUUGUCUUAAAGAAAGCAAAAUCUGCCUUGGUUUGCAAAAAAGCACAACUGUUGCCCCAAUGUAUUUAAUUAAAUGCCUGCUUCUGAGCACAGUGAUGUGUUCGGUGAUCUGUAUAUGUCCUGCCUUGUGUUGUCUCUGCCAAUAAAGUGCAGACCCAGUUUUUA